UCGAGCCCGCCACUAUAAGUAGCCUGGAACCUCCGGCUCUCCACCCAGACUGACUGCAGCUUCAAUGGGGAAGAGAGCAUCGUGGAAGGGAACGUCGGCCACGACCUCGGCCUCCAGAUCCUUCCUCUCUCCGCCUCCUUUCCCUUCUUCUUCCUCCAAACCCUUCGCCAACUUCGAUCUCACCUUCGCCGCUACUUCCUCCAAGAAAACCCUCACCCCGAUCCCCUUCCUUCUCUCCUCCCCGUCCGCUCCCCACCAAACCCUCGCCACCAUCUCCGAUCUCAAGAGCCAGGCCUCCUCCCACUCGGACUCCCUCAAGCGGCACCUCGAUCUCGGCCACUCCGAGACCCUCAAGGAGUUCGAUUCCUCCCACACGCGAAUCGCCAAAAGGUUCAAGAUCCAGACACAAGCUUGCCUACAGUUGUCAGAGGAAAUAGAAAAGGAAUAUAAGAAGAUAUCUGACAGGAUCAAUGAGAAUACGGAAUUGAUGAAGGCUUCAUAUGCAGAACUAAUUACAGAAGUACAGGCUACUGCAUCUCGCGUUUGCAAAAUAUCCAUCCCUGAGCUUGCACAAUCCAUGGAGAAAGCUAUUGAAGGUUUGCGCAGCCGUUACAAGAUUCCAGCAGCUCCAGUUUAAUCAACAGUUUAUGUGGUGAGCUUUCUGUGACGUCGUACCUGCACUAAAGAAGCCCAUUUUGUCGAAGUGUUGCUUAUAAACUUCAAUGAUAGACCAUGAGGAAUUGAUGUACGUAAAUCUUAACAGAUUGCUUGCAUAGAAAUAUUGCAGGACUAUAUUUUCUUUAGCAUAUUGCACUGCUUACCAUGGGUACUAAAGAUUAGUGGUCAUACAUGUGUAAAUACCAACAUGGUGUUGUUGUCUUGCAUUAAAAGUAACUUGUAAUCUCCAAUAUCGUAUUGCUGAUUUCUCAAUAGUUCUAAGAAAUUAUAGUGCAUCAUUGCCACCAAACAAGGGGGAAGACGGUUGACUGUAUUGGUUACCGACUGCUUUUGUAACGAAGAACAAAUUAGUGAUUUUGGAACAAUGGCUUGGCUGGAUGUUUGCAGACGAUGAGCUCCAAUUCUUGUCAGCAGAACAGAAACGGUAACUGAUGCGAGUACAAGCAGGAUCAGAGCAUUGUUUGAGUCAGAUAUAUAAUCUGGUGAUGGAAGCCAUUGCGUGGGCCUUUUAAGUUCUUAUAACAGUAUGUGCUACAAAGGGUGGAUGAGAGGUGUUGAGGCAAUGCAGUCUGCCAAAAAUUAAGUGAAUUUCAAUGGGUCCAUCGCCCUUCGACCUUACAUUGUUUCCAGAGUCACUUCGAGGUGUUUAACAUUUUGGUAAGUUCCAGUACCAGUUUACUAGUAUAAGUCCAAAAAGACUGCAGCAUAAAGUAGGCACGCAAUUUUUGGGUAUUUGUUUAAUGCAUUGUUAAUUUAUUUUUUUAAUUUAAAUUUAUCAGGUUGGGUUUCCAUCAUGGUCAAUUUUUGCCAAUCCUGUAUGUUAUAUGGCUGAAGCCUUCAAACAUAAUAACAUAUGGAGACGGCAUCAGGCGCCACCAGCAAAUCCUUCCCACUUCACACUUUUAAAAAAACUCCUUAUGGAAGGAAAAGAAAGAAGUGAGCUAAAAAUUUCAAGAAUAUAAUAGGACUUGUUGAGAUAGGAUUAUUAACAAAAAUAAGAGAGCUAAGACCCAUUGAAAUACAACGUUUGUAAAAAUUUUCCAUAAUGAAGUUAAAAUGUGCCUUAAAUUUUAUCGUGAAAUGAACUGAGAUAAUGGUUAGCCUAUCCUACCUGUAAGGUAUAAUGGGACCAAGUAUAAACUGAGCAUGGAACUAUGAUGACAAGCUGAAUUCCUUUUUAGUUGACGGUGGCUUUUCUUGUCCGCAAAGGUUCUUCCAACAAGGUGCAAUCAAGAUGGGUAGAGACUCAAAUUAUUUCUGAUAAUGCAGUUUGUGAACCACUCGGCACUAUGGAGUAACCAUUUUGCCUUCAAUUUGCACUCAUUUGUCACUAAUUUAUAAUACUGUUUCUUGCAAGGAGGUAUGGAAUGUGCAAAUGAUUUCACUUGAGCAUGUUAUCUGAUGUAGAAAAUCCAAUCAUCAUAGGUCAAUAUUAUUGCAAUGUUUACAAUAAUUAUGCUGCCGGGGUAUGCGACUUCAACGAAUAUUCUUUUCCUUGCUAUAGUCCCACUAUAGCCUAAGUGAUAAGUAUAUGUUUAUUUGCGAAACAAUUUUUCAACUCUAGAGAUAAUAAUAGAAUAUUUGUAUUACUAGUUUUGUCAUUUUCAAUGGAAAGAGAGCAAAGAAUGAGAAAAUGGGCUUUAGAUGUAAUAAUUUGCUUAAAGAAGUAAAAAGAGAGAAGGAAACAUACUACCAUCUUGGCAUUCACUAACAUAUAUUUUACUAGUGAGUGCAUCUGUUUUUGAAGUAUUCAUUAUUUCCAUUCCUUAUACGGAUACUUGAAAAUUCUCUCUGACGUAGUAUUUUCCUAUGUCUUUUGUCAAUUUUUGUUGCGUAGAAAAAUGCAGUGGAAAUUAGUAACCUGAUGUAUGCUGAUUUCAUGGGACAUCGAAAACACGCCUUGCUAUUAGCCUCAACUGUAGCCAGUGCCGGUUGCACUGCAAUUCACCUUGAUGAUUUGGACAUCACGGCAGCAAAUUCAACAGUAAAUAUACAGUCCCAAGGCGAAACCACUAGGUACAUCAAUUCUAAAUAUCUUACCUUCACAAUUCUGCUUUCACCAGAGCAUGAAAGGUUUGCCAUUUAUCAAAACACACUAUCUUCAACUGCAUAGCUUACAGCUCAAGGCAAACUUUACAUAGCUUUGAACAGUUGGAUAAUUGAAGGUAAGAAAACAAUCCCGUUCAAUCCAUGUUUAAACCCCGUUGACUAGAGACACUCGAGACCCUCGCAAGUUUUAUUUAAGUCUACAGGGCCGUUAACAAUAAUCCUGAGAAUUGGGCCAAACUGAGGUCCUCAUUGUUUACCAUACAGGUUAGUUAUGGAGAACCUAUAGGGUGGUCUGGUACAUACAACUCCUAUCAUUAUGGGAUUUGGGAAGGGUUAGAUGUGUGCAAUCUUACUUCUGUAUAGAGAGAUUAUUUUCAUUUUUUGAAUUCAUGAUCUGUAAUUGACAACGGAGCAACUUUAGUAACAAAGAUAUUUUGAAUUCAUGAUCUGUAAUGUAGGAAGCUGUUGAAGAGUCAUCCAUGAUCAGAGUAAACCAUCUGCGAUCACUAGAUAAACGCUGGCCACUAAGACUAGGAUUGCAAUAGGAUGGGAGAGGGGAGAGAAGUUUUGGGAGUGGGGAGUUUAAAGAAGGGGGUAGAGGGUGGGAUAGCUGUUGUAGCUUUCGUUGAACCGCGCAAUGGUUGAUUCGAGAUCCAUUUUCCUCUCCACGUCUACUGUUGAAUUAUGUAAUGGUCGAUUUGGGAUCUAUUUUUUUUUCCCAGGUGUCUAUUGUUGAACUAUGCAAUGGUCUAUUCGAGAUCCAUUUUCCUCCCCAUGCGUCUAUCAUUGAACUGUGCAAUGGUCAAUUCGAAAUCUAUUUUCCUCCCAAUGUGUCUAUCGUUGAGCUGUGCAACGGUCGAUUUGAGAUCCAUUUUCCUCCAUAAGAGUCUAUUGUUGAACUAUGUAAUAGUCAAUUCGAGAUCUAUUUUCCUUCAUACUAGUCUAUUGUUGAACUAUACAACGGUCGAUUUAAGAUCCAUUUUCCUCCGUAUGAGUUUUUCGUUGAACUAUGCAACGGUCGAUUCAAGAUCCAUUUUCCUCCGCAUGCGUUUUUCGUUGAACCAU